AUCAGUCACCUGCUCUGAUUAACUAGUGCAAAAUGUUCACUAAAGUUUUCGCUAUUAGCGCCGUACUGGCCGCGGCCAACGCUGGCCUGCUUCAUCACGGAGCGGUGUCCUCCCAAAGCAUAGUGCGUCACGACUCUCCUGCUCACUAUGCCCCGGUUCACUAUGCCGCCCCCGUUGUCCACGCUGCCCCCAUUGUCCACGCUGCCCCCUUGGUCCACGCCGCUCCCAUCGUCCAUGCUGCUCCCAUCGCUCUUGGCCACGGACACGAAUACUCUCACCCCAAAUACGAUUACUCAUACUCCGUGGCUGACCCCCACACCGGUGACCACAAAUCCCAACACGAGAGCCGCGACGGUGGCGCCGUACAUGGCAGCUACUCCUUGGUUGAGCCCGACGGUUCCGUGCGCAAAGUAGAAUACACCGCCGAUGACCACCAUGGUUUCAACGCCGUCGUCCACAAGACCGCCGGUCACCACCCCGCCCCCGUGGUCCACGCUCCCGUCGUCCACGCCGCACCCCUGCUCCUCUCUCAUGGACAUCAUCAUGGCCUCUACUAGACUAACAUAGCGUGCCUGAAAGAUGACUGAUGAAUGUGAUAUUUAUGUGUGUAUAUAAUGUGUUUAAUAGCCUACUGUAAAUAAAUCAGCUGCUGAAUUAU